UAAGUUGACAACAGUGGCCAACGUAAUACUUUUUUAAUCGGCAACAAAUUAAUUCAAUAAAAUUUUUAACGUAAAAAUGUGGUCUGAUACAUUUUUGAUUGUUUUCAUAUCAAUUUGCACAGCAUUUCUAGGAGAAGGGCUUACCUGGGUGCUCGUGUACCGCACAGAGAAAUACCAAAGGCUCAAGACGGAGGUCGAUAAACAGAGCAAGAAGCUGGAGCGUCGCAAGGAGACACAUGGCGAUUCAUUGGAUAAGUCGGUUAAAAAGAAAAUCGAACGUUAUGAGGAGAAACUGAAGAACAACAAUCGCGACUUGUCGCUGGUAAAGAUGAAGUCCAUGUUUGCCACGGGAUUCGCAUUUACCGCAUUGCUGAGCAUGUUCAAUAGCAUCUUUGAUGGCCGCGUCGUGGCACAAUUGCCAUUUACCCCCAUCUCAUGGAUCCAGGGACUCAGUCAUCGCAAUCUGUCGGGCGAUGAUUACACCGACUGCUCUUUUAUAUUCCUGUACAUUCUGUGCACGAUGUCCAUUCGCCAGAAUAUCCAAAAGCUGCUUGGCUUUGCGCCUUCCCGUGCCGCAAGUAAACAGGGUGGAGGACUCUUCGGCCAGGCACCAGGUCAAUUCAAGUAGAACGCUUUUUCCUAGUUACAAAUUUCAUUGGUUUUCUUUCUUUUUUCUCAACAUAACAAAAGUACAAUAAAUUAAAUUUAAUUUAGAGCAUUAAACUCAUA